GGAGAUGAUGAUGAAUGGCCAGGGCUUGUCUCAUCACAUUUAUAAAGCCUGGCUGGGAGGACCUGCGUUUAGAACAACUUGGGUUAACUGAUGCGUAAUUGUUAAUUUUACUUCUCGGACGGGAAGGCUUGGUUUUAGCGCGCCAGGGAGACGUUUCCCCGCCAACGUCUAGGGCGAGUUGUGUUAUGGGGAGGGCUUUUGUGGGCGCUCUCACCCUGCUACUGGCUGCAGGGAACUGUUUUAGUGGGGCUGGGGGUGAAUUGUGCCGCGGCUGGACGGGCGGGGCGCCAAAUGGAGCCUUCCAGUGUCCUGGGCUGCUGGACGGGGCGGACGCCAAGUUCUGUUGCGGGACCUGCAGCUUCUCUUACUGCUGCUCGUCUAGUGAAGUCCGGCUAGACCAAACUCGGUGUCCCAGAGCUGAGCAGCUGAAGGCAGCCACCGGGGGCCCGGAGCCCGCGCCCCGCCCACCUUCCCAAGGAUCUCCGAGUAAGAGAGCUUCAUUCUUUCUUUCUCCACCGGCUUUUGGAGAACUCAGAAGACUCCUCGACCUGAGUGAUGAGGUCAUCCUGGUGUUUUUUCUUAGCAUUCCUGCCGCUCUACUCUGCAUCUGUGGCGUGCGCACAGUGUGCUAUUGUCUUAGGGAAUCCAGGCGUGGCCCUGGGCAGCGGCUGAGCAUCUUGAAUGAGGACAUGGAGCAGACCCGGUUGGAGAAUCUUCAUUUCUGUCAAGUGCAUACUCGCUUCCCCCCACCUCUCCCAUACAGUGGUGGCCCACCGCCCUAUAGUGUUGUGAGCAGUCACCAGACCUCUACCGCAUCCCCCAUGUUGGAAAACCCGCCUGUUGCUGGCCAGCCAAGGCAUGCUAGUACUGGACAUCAAGAGGAUGAGGCGAUGGCCAAGGCUCCCGCUGCUCCUGAAGAUGCCGCUGUUCUGGGUUCCACCUCUGAGCCUGCCUUGGAAAUGGAGAAGGCAUCUCAGGCCCACCUCCUGAGUUCAGCUUCCUUGUCCUCUGGUGCAGAAGCAGCUGAUGGUCCAAUCACUCGACCUCCUGAUAGGCUGAAUAUUGAUACUCCAAGGCAUGUUGUCUUGCCCCCUUCUUACAGGGCUGACCCACCGCCCUAUAGCCUUGUGGACCCCCUAAGAGCUCCUGCUUUCCCCCCUGCUUUGGACAAUCCACAGGCUGAGCUGGAGGGGUGUGGCAUUCCCCCCAGGUGCUCUGUCAUGCCUUUCUCCUACCAUGGGGACCCACCAGCCUGGAACCCUGUGGGAGCUUGUGGACCUGGGGCGUUGCCUUCUGCACUGGACAAUCCCUCUGUUGUGCAAAGGAACAGCAGAAAUGCUGCGAUCCCAGAUGACGAGCAAGACACUCUGCCGCCAAUGGCCCUCCAGGACACCACCAUUCCAGCCAUGCUUGGAAAGAGGAGUGCUCCUGGUUCUGUCUGGGAGCCCGCCUUGAAAAUGGAGUGCAUCUCCUCCCAGGCCCACCUCUUGAGCUCAGCUUCAGGGUCCUCUGGAACGGAGGCAGCUCAUGAUCUAGGCACCCGGCCUCGGACGCGGGCAUAUAAUUUUGAGAGUCAGAGACGCACCCGCUUGGCUCCCUUGUACAGGGAUGAUGUAGGGUCCUACAGUGGUGCCUCUGCCUUUUCCCUUGCCUUGAGCAAUCUACAGGUUGGGCUGGCUGGACGGGGUGUCCCUCAGAGGCACACGGCUGCUCCUCCCUCCUACAGUGGGGAUUCACCACCUUGUAAUCCUGGGGGAGUUCAAGGCUCUGGGGUUUUACUUACUGCAUCGGACAAGCCACCGGUUGUGCAAUUCCGUUGGGCAAAUGUUGCAAUUCCAGAGGAAGAGGCAGCCGUUGUGUUGCCAGUUCUCCAGGACAGAGGUGCUCCUGGUACCAUCUUGGAGCCUCCCUUGGGAACGAAGGACUCUCCUUAGUCAAGAUACAUACUUGGAAAUCCUCCCAACGAUGAUGCCAUGUACACCAGCUAGACACCAUACUGUAGAGCUGUAGGUUGACUUUUAAGACUACUUUUUAAGAGUGUAUUAGCUAAACUAGCUUUUUUGUUUGUUUGUUUUUAAACUGUCAAUGAAUUACUUGCCCAAAGUUGUUCACUAUCCUUUGGAUACCACUGGCAUGGAGUAUUUGUGCAUGGAGUAUUAGGACAUUCGUGCUAAGGAGUUCCCUCCACUUCGGUUCAGAGAAAUCAUCCCUUGGACCUGAGGUCAUUGUUUCUAACGGCAGUGGAGAUGGAUUUGAGAAAAGAAAGUGGUGAAUAUCAACCCUCUCUCCUUGAUCACAGGAAGCUUGUUGGCUGGAUCUGACCCUCUUGUGCCACUUAUCCUAUCCCUAAGACUGCAUGGCAGUGUUCUGAAUGCCUUGCCCUAAAAUACAACAGCGUGCAGUAGGUGUGAUUUGACUGCUGCCUCACCCCAACUUUGAAUGUGAUACUUGAAGGAGCUUCUCUUAUCUGCUGGAAGGUUCUGUCUCUGAAGGAAAAGGGGUGUGUGUAUUUUGUCUGCAGCAAUGCCAGGGAAGGGGAAAGCAAAGCAAGAGGUGACUGUUAAAUACUUUUAACAAAAUAUUUUCCUUUAAGGACAGAGGGUACAGCUAGGCCUAUAAUAUUGGCUUAUAACUCAAAGAUCACCAAAUAUGGCACAGCACAGAUACUAUCCCAGAAAAAAACUCCUUAAAUGUUGCAAGUGAAGAUGCAUAGUAUUUUGGACAACUCUGUUAAGCAACACCUUGGUAUAUUUCCUCCAGUGUGAAUGCCAUUUUGGCUGGCUGGCUUACCUACCAAGGAUUCUACGUGUGCUGGAUGUCCUGUUUGAAACUGAAUGUUUGGUUAUUAUGGGGUGAUAUGCCACAUGGUAUACCAGUCAAAGGCCUCUAGGAAAAAAAAUAAGUCUAUCAUGGCCUGUGUGUAUUGUUGACCCUGAAGAGAUAACAGGCAAGCAGCAGUCAAAUGCUUCUGGGAGGAGAAGCUGUUCAGCACAGACUCCAGUAAAAUGUAUGUAGCAAUUUUUCAAUAAAAAAGUGUGUGGAGUA